CAACAAAACUUUGUCGACAUUAGAUAGUUAGACAGCUUCACUUUGCUUGGAUGGAUAACUAACCUAAUCUAACACUUUCCUCAUGUGGCUGUUCCUAGUACGAACCAAAGUCCCAUGAAACAUAAAAACAACUUUCCUACGUAAAAACUUUGUAAUACAAAUCAAAUGUUAAUCCUCCGUCCCUUCAACUUCUACUCUCAAUUGCCAUUCAAAUUCCACACCAAACCCAUUUUCAACAAUCACAAGUUACUAUGUGGAAAAUUUAGUUUUUCUGCAUUCAGCAACACUGCAUUAAACUAUGCACACAACGAUGAUGAAAUUCCAGAGAAGGAGAAUGAAAUGGAUGGAAAUGCAAGUGGAAUUGGUUACUUGCAUCUCAUGGAACAACACGGAGUUCGUGCAAAUUCGCAAACUUUUUUAUGGUUAUUAGAAGGUUGUUUGAAUUCUAGGUCGUUUUAUGAUGGUUUGAAGCUUCAUGGGAAGAUUCUGAAGAUGGGUUUUUGUGAUGAAGUGGUUUUAUGUGAAAGGCUUAUAGAUUUUUAUCUUGCAUUUGGUGAUUUGAAUUGUGCCGUUAAUGUGUUUGAUGAAAUGCCUAUUAGAAGCUUGUCUUGUUGGAAUAGGAUUUUUAAUACGUUUAUUGCAGAGAGGUUGAUGGGCCGUGUUCCGGGUUUGUUCCGGCGAAUGUUAACGAAAAAUGUGGAGUUCGAUGAGAGGAUUUUUGCUGUGGUUUUGAGGGGUUGUAGUGGCAAUGCAGUUUCUUUUCGCUUUGUUGAGCAAAUACAUGCUAAGACUAUAACGAGUGGUUUUGAAAGUAGUACUUUUAUAUGUAAUCCUUUGAUUGAUCUCUAUUUUAAAAAUGGUUUUUUGAGUUCUGCUAAGAAGGUUUUUGAAAAUUUAAAGGCGAGGGAUAGUGUUUCUUGGGUGGCUAUGAUAUCCGGUUUAUCGCAAAAUGGGUAUGAAGAAGAAGCAAUGCUUCUGUUUUGUCAGAUGCAUACAUCAGGAAUCUGUCCCACUCCUUAUAUUUUUUCGAGCGUCCUAAGUGCCUGUACAAAAGUAGAAUUUUUCGAGUUUGGGAAGCAGCUCCAUGGCCUUGUUUUGAAGCAAGGAUUCUCUUCCGAAACAUAUGUUUGCAAUGCCCUUGUGACGUUAUAUUCCCGUUCCGGGAAUUUGUCAUCUGCGGAGCAGAUUUUUCAUUGUAUGUCGCAAAGGGACAGAGUUUCAUAUAACUCACUCAUCUCAGGUCUAGCGCAACAAGGAUAUAUUAACAGAGCUUUAGCGUUGUUUAAGAAAAUGAAUCUUGAUUGCCAAAAGCCUGACUGUGUUACGGUUGCAAGUCUUUUGAGUGCCUGUGCAUCAGUUGGAGCUCUUCCGAAUGGAAAGCAAUUCCAUUCGUAUGCGAUAAAAGCUGGAAUGACUUCAGACAUCGUCGUGGAAGGUUCACUGCUUGAUCUUUAUGUAAAAUGCUCGGAUAUAAAAACUGCACAUGAAUUUUUCCUUGCAUGUGAAACCGAAAAUGUGGUGUUGUGGAAUGUGAUGCUUGUAGGUUAUGGCCAGUUAGACAAUCUAAACAAAUCGUUUCAAAUAUUUACACAGAUGCAGAUUGAAGGCAUUGUACCUAAUCAAUUCACAUAUCCAAGUAUUUUGAAAACUUGCACUACUUUGGGAGCUACUGAUCUAGGAGAACAGAUUCACACUCAAGUACUGAAAACCGGCUUCCAGUUCAAUGUGUAUGUCUCUAGCGUGCUUAUUGACAUGUAUGCUAAACAUGGAAAACUAGAUCAUGCACUGAAAAUCUUUCGAAGACUAAAAGAAAACGAUGUUGUUUCAUGGACAGCUAUGAUUGCUGGUUACACACAACAUGAUAAGUUCACCGAAGCUCUUAACCUCUUUAAAGAAAUGCAAGAUCAAGGAAUAAAAUCUGAUAAUAUAGGAUUUGCAAGUGCAAUAAGUGCAUGUGCAGGUAUCCAAGCACUUGAUCAAGGACGGCAGAUUCACGCACAGUCAUGCCUAUCUGGUUAUUCAGAUGAUCUUUCAAUUGGUAAUGCACUUGUUAGUCUUUAUGCUAGGUGUGGGAAAGUACGAGAAGCAUACGCUGCUUUUGAUCAAAUAUAUGCCAAAGAUAAUGUAUCAUGGAACUCGUUGGUAUCUGGUUUUGCACAAAGUGGUUAUUUUGAGGAAGCGCUGAAUAUAUUCGCUCAAAUGAAUAAAGCUGGACUAGAAAUUAAUUCAUUCACGUUUGGCUCUGCGGUUAGCGCUGCUGCGAAUAUUGCUAAUGUUAGAAUAGGGAAGCAGAUUCAUGGUAUGAUUAGAAAAACUGGGUAUGAUUCAGAAACCGAGGUUUCUAAUGCUUUGAUCACACUAUACGCUAAAUGUGGUACAAUUGACGAUGCCGAGAGACAUUUCUUUGAAAUGCCUGACAAAAAUGAGAUUUCUUGGAAUUCCAUGAUUACUGGUUAUUCCCAACAUGGUUGUGGAUUUGAAGCACUGAAACUUUUUGAGGAUAUGAAACAGCUUGAUGUAUUGCCAAACCAUGUUACAUUUGUGGGAGUUUUAUCGGCAUGCAGUCAUGUGGGUUUGGUGGAUGAGGGAAUUAGCUACUUCCGAUCAAUGAGUGAAGCUCAUAACUUGGUGCCAAAACCUGAACAUUAUGCAUGUGUUGUUGAUCUUCUUGGGCGGUCUGGUCUUUUAAGCCGUGCAAAGAGGUUUGUGGAGGAGAUGCCAAUUCAACCAGAUGCCAUGGUGUGGAGGACCCUUUUAAGUGCUUGUAAUGUUCAUAAGAAUAUUGAUAUUGGAGAGUUUGCCGCGAGUCAUCUUCUAGAACUGGAACCGAAAGAUUCAGCAACAUAUGUUCUGGUUUCAAAUAUGUAUGCAGUGUCGGGGAAAUGGGACUGUAGGGAUCGGACGAGACAAAUGAUGAAAGAUCGAGGUGUUAAGAAAGAGCCUGGUCGUAGUUGGGUUGAGGUUGAUAAUUCAGUUCAUGCAUUUUUCGCCGGUGAUCAAAAUCACCCACGUGCAGAUAUGAUAUAUGAAUAUCUCAGAGGCCUGGAUUUUCGGGCAGCUGAAAAUGGUUAUGUACCUCGGUGCAACAGUCUUCUCAGUGAUGCUGAAAUACGUCAAAAGGAUCCAACAGAAAUCAUUCACAGCGAGAGACUAGCAAUUGCUUUUGGAUUGCUCAGUUUGACUAGCUCCACUCCCUUAUAUGUUUUCAAAAAUCUCCGUGUUUGUGAGGAUUGCCACAACUGGAUUAAGCAUGUCUCUAAAAUAACAGAUCGAGUGAUCAUAGUGAGAGACUCAUAUCGCUUUCAUCAUUUCAAAGUUGGCAGUUGUUCGUGUAAAGAUUAUUGGUAAAAUGGAUAAAGGUUGACUAAAAUGAAUGAAUCCUUCAAACUUGUGGUGUGGCCCACAAUUUGUGACAAACACGGAAGAUAGUUUUUAUUGGUCGACUGUGCAUGUGCCCUGUGGGAAGAUCUCUAACAUGAAGUGAUUAAAUACAUUUUUGGAUAGCAUAGAGUCAUGAUGCUUCUUAUGCAAUACUGUUAUUGAAUAUGAAACCAUCGUGAAAGUGAACAUAGACGAACAUCGGCUUUCAAGGGAGGUACAAUAUCACCAUCAACAUGCGACAGCUUUACAGCAGUCUGUUUUGGUGUUGGUGAGUGUGAGAGACUCCGAGGGAGACAAGAUGGAUGGUGCAAACUGCAAUUUGCAAGGAACAACAAGAACAACGGAUUGCUUAAAAAAAACAAGAACAAUGGAUUCUUGCUGCCUUGAAACGGGUGUAACCUCUGGCAGCUCAUUGUUAUAUUAAGCAAACCAUUUAUAUUAUACCUUUUCCUGUGCUAGGGUUGAAGACAGUGGUGAUUAGUGACAAGGCAGAGAAAGGGAAAAUAUGAGAGCUUUUCAUUUUGUCAUGGGGCUGAAAGAAGAUAGGCAUCUCUUUUGAUUGACCUCCACAUUGUUGUUGAUGUUUAUUUUGGUGAUUUCUGUUAAGAGUGUUGAAUUGGAAGUAUGGAGGAGCUUAUAAAAUAUCUGACAGGUAUUCUCAAAAUGUAACAGGUCACAUAGAACAUAGAAAAGAGAGCUGCAUAGGUGAAUUCUGAUGUAUUGAAAAUGAGUUCUCAGAUACCACUGAAUUAUCAUACAAGCUAUUUAUACUUGGUUUUCAAAUUGAGAUUCAUAUUGUGAAUCAGAAGAAUCAUUUUUCGAGUUGUGAA